CUUGUUUUCACUUCUUUUUCGGCACUGUUCCCCCUUGAAAGUAUAAAAGUUCCCACCCCAGAACGACGGGGUCUCAGUUGGUUCCUUCUAUCGAGAUACUUUCACAGCUGAACAUGAAGUCUGUCGUUGCUCUGUGCGCCAUCUUUUUGGCAGCUUUCCUGGUCUGUAGUGCGAAUGCGGAUGCGGGUCGCUCCGCCUGCAAGGAUGAGUCGGAGGUUGGAAAGACCUUCACCCACCACUUCGAUGCCGCCAAGUACUGGCUGUGCGAGACGCUCGGCACCCCGGCCACCGAGAUGGACUGCCCCAAGGGCCUGGCCUACAUGCACCUGCUGAAGGAGUGCAUCCCCUGGGCCAGCUACAUCUGGAAGAAGCCCGAGAUGCCGCCAACCGUGGCCUGAAAUAAAUGACCGAUUCCCACCACGUUGACAACUGCAA